AUGCUUCCUAAAAUGUAUCCAAUCGACGGGUCCGAGGGCUAUCCUCGGACUACGCCCAUGAAGGUCAUCGUCUGCGGCUUUCCACGAACCGGCACCAUGAGCACACACGCCGCUCUCCAGAUGCUGGGUUUCAACCGCACGCACCACAUGAUCCACGUCGUCACCGACACCGAGAACCGCGAGAUGCGCGAAUGGACACGCGCCCUGCGCGCCAAGUACCGAAACUCGGGCACGUUUACAAAGCUCGACUGGGACCGGCUCCUUGGCGACUGCCAGGGGGUCAUCGACUACCCGUCGGCGCUCUUCGCCGCCGACUUCGCGCAGCUGUACCCGGACGCCAAGGUCGUCAUGCUGAACCGCGACCCGGAGAAAUGGUACGAGAGCGUGUCCGAGACGGUGGCCGCGUUCCAGUCCCCAGGUCUGCUCCGCAGGGUCAAGAUGCUGUACUGCUACCUGUUUGCGCCGCCGAUGCGGGACAUGGCGGGCUUCUGGACCGAGAUCCACCACGCCGAGGGCAACUACAACCACUUUAAGGAAAAGGAAAAGGCGAUUGCGUACAUGCAAAAGAGCUACGACGAGUGCCGGGCCGUGGUGGACGAGGAGAGACGGAUCGAGUGGAAGGUGCAGGACGGGUGGGAGCCGCUGUGCGAGCAUCUGGGGGUCGAGGUGCCGAAGGUCAAGGACGAGACGACGGGGGGGAUGGUGACGGCGCCGUUUCCGAGGAUCAACGACCGGGCGAUGUUUCAGCAGAAUGUGGAAAGGAACGUGCAGGGCAUGAUGGCGCGGGCGAAUGAAGCUGUGUUUGGGGUUGUGGGGAGGAGUGUCGUGCUGGGCGCGGUGGGAUACGGCGCGUAUGUGGCGUGGAAGGUGACGGCGGCAAGGAGGUAG